AGGGGUCACGUCAAAGCGGCGUAGACAAAGGGCGGGCGCGCGCACGUCUUUACGCACGCCUCGGCCGGCGGCGGCGGCCAAGGGCGGGAGGGAUCGUUCACGGAGGGACUGGGAGCCCCGGAGCCUCGCCGUCGCUUUGGCAUCAUGUAAGCAACUUCUUGCCAAGAACCCAGGUCACCGCUGAGAAGGGGGCCUCAGGGAGAAGAAUAUCCAGAAGAAACUAAUGCCAGACGCAUCUGGAGUUGCACUCCGCGCAAGCAGCAUGAGACAUUCUGUGCCAGCAUCUAUGUCCUGCUGGCCAAGACUGUAGCUCUCCAGGUUGGAGGGUCCUGGACGCAGCACGCACCAGGAGUCUCUCCAGAGGAAGAAUGGGGCCAGAUAUGAACUUUCUACAAUGAACACAAUUUUCAGCUUAUGAAAGAGUUUUAAGUAAAACAAUUAUUUAAUUUCCACAUAUUCAAGUUCAAUAGCCUUCUGUGUAAGGUGCCAGCAGUCACCCCCCUCCACAGAAGUUAUCAGGAUUAUUCUGGCACCAAGUUGAACUCUUCUUGGUACUUCUGGCAAUGACAGAUCUUCGGGACAGAUUUAUCUGCUAAAUGCUCUUGAGCAGGAAAGAAAAAGUAAAACUUCUAGAAGGAAAGGAGCAUAAGGGGAGCAGAGCAGAGAUCCCUCCCAUGCUACUCACUUUCACAGAAACUGCUCCCGGACUCAGAUGCUUGUGCUGAAGAUCGCUCCUGCCUCAUUCACCUCUAGAGUCCAUCUGUUCUGGGGAGAGCUGGCAUUUUUGGGCUGUCCCCUACGGCCUUUUUUUACGGUCCUCCUGCCCCCAGGCAGUCGAAUGAUGUGAACUUGGAACAGGGUUUGCUAUCCUAUGGGGACUCGCUUUCUCUCCCAGGCUGGUGCUGUCUGAUAGGACCAUCCGAAGACAGUGGUUUGUUCUUGGGGAGGAGGGCACUGGCCCUGCCUGGAUCCUCCACCAUGUUCCUGUUGCUCCCCUUUGACAGCCUGAUUGUCAACCUUCUGGGCAUCUCCCUGACCGUCCUCUUCACCCUCCUCCUCGUUUUCAUCAUAGUCCCUGCCAUUUUUGGAGUCUCCUUUGGUAUCCGAAAGCUCUACAUGAAAACCUUGUUAAAAAUCUUUGCGUGGGCCACCUUGAGAAUGGAGAGAGGCGCCAAGGAGAAGAACCACCAACUUUACAAGCCCUAUACGAAUGGAAUCAUUGCAAAAGAUCCCACUUCGCUGGAAGAAGAGAUCAAAGAAAUCCGUCGAAGUGGUAGUAGUAAGGCUCUGGAUAAUACUCCAGAGUUUGAGCUCUCUGACAUCUUCUACUUUUGCCGGAAAGGAAUGGAGACCAUUAUGGAUGAUGAGGUGACAAAGAGAUUCUCAGCAGAGGAAUUGGAGUCCUGGAACCUGCUGAGCAGAACCAACUAUAACUUCCAGUACAUCAGCCUUCGGCUCACGGUCUUAUGGGGAUUAGGAGUGCUGAUUCGAUAUUGCUUCCUUCUGCCACUCAGGAUAGCUCUUGCUUUCACUGGGAUUAGCCUUCUGGUGGUAGGCACAACCGUGGUGGGAUACCUGCCAAACGGGAGGUUUAAGGAGUUCCUGAGUAAACAUGUUCACUUAAUGUGUUACCGGAUCUGCGUGCGAGCCCUGACAGCCAUCAUUACCUACCAUGACAGGGAAAACAGGCCUCGAAACGGUGGCAUCUGUGUGGCCAAUCACACCUCUCCCAUUGAUGUCAUCAUUUUGGCCAGUGAUGGCUACUAUGCCAUGGUGGGUCAAGUGCACGGGGGACUCAUGGGUGUGAUUCAGAGAGCCAUGGUGAAGGCCUGCCCACACGUCUGGUUCGAGCGUUCUGAAGUGAAAGAUCGCCACCUGGUGGCUAAAAGACUGACUGAGCAUGUGCAGGAUAAAAGCAAGCUACCCAUCCUCAUCUUCCCAGAGGGAACCUGCAUCAAUAAUACAUCAGUGAUGAUGUUCAAAAAAGGAAGUUUUGAGAUUGGAGCCACAGUUUACCCUGUUGCUAUCAAGUAUGACCCUCAGUUUGGUGAUGCCUUCUGGAACAGCAGCAAAUAUGGGAUGGUAACGUACCUGCUGAGAAUGAUGACCAGCUGGGCCAUUGUCUGCAGUGUUUGGUACCUGCCUCCCAUGACCAGAGAGACUGAUGAAGAUGCCGUCCAGUUUGCAAAUAGGGUGAAAUCGGCCAUUGCCAGGCAGGGAGGGCUCGUGGACCUACUUUGGGAUGGUGGUCUGAAGAGGGAGAAGGUGAAGGACACGUUCAAAGAGGAGCAGCAGAAGCUGUACAGCAAGAUGAUCGUUGGGAACCAUGAGGACAGGAGCCGGUCCUGAGCCCGCGCCUCGCGCUGGCUGGAGCCACCACUCGCGGGCCUGACCCGCGAGCCAGCUGGAGCUGCCACCGCCCCCUGCCACCCCCACUGCUGCGUCCUUGCCACCUGCAAGGCUCCUCAGGCCGCCCUGGAGCCUGGGACUCCAGCUUCUUCAGGACCGCCCCGGGGACCCCUGGGCUUGCCAUCGGAAGCGGACGCCGCUGGGGGCCGCUGCCCGGGAUGGGACACCCUUCUUGUCUUCUUUACAAUGAGUCCAUUGGGGGAAUGCCAUUAAAGUCCCCUCUCCACCUGCACACAUGUGGGACUGAGUGGUCGGGAAGAAUCGGCCGUGGGCCUGUGUUUGGUCUGUUGCGGGUGCCACGUGCCAGGGGCUCUGCUGGGGAAGGGGUCCACCCGUGCGCAAGGAGACAGCGCCGAGGCGGUGCGGCCUGCUUUGGCCUGAACAUCACCCCCUGCCCCGGAGCUCUGCAGACUGGAUGGAAAGAAAACUGUUGUCUGCAGGGGCUCUCAGCAAAGCGAGGUUUCAUUCCUGUGCUGCUGCCACGGGCAGUCACCAGAGGGGACGGUGAGAAGCAAGGUGAUCGGUGACUAGCGUGUGGUGGGAACCAAGAGUCAUUUUGUGUUCCAGCUCCAGUGCUAACCCUGAACUCCCAUGUGACUUGCUCUCUGUUAACUCGUGCCUCGGUUUCCCCAUCUGUAACCUGGCUCAGGAGGGGAAGGGUGGUGAUACCUACCUCACAGGGUUGUUGUGGGGAUUGAAGUGCUACUUUGAAGGACAAGUUGCUCAGUGUUACAAGUGUAGGUCCAUGAAACGUGGCAGGACAAGGUCUGAGCUCAGAGCUGCUGCAGAGGGCUUUGGGUUUGUUUCUGUGAGUCAAUAAAAUUGUCUCUGAUGGUCAA